AUGUAUUUCAAUCAACAGUUUAUUGUCUGUUUUCUAGGUCUCCUUUUUACUUGGUCGUGCACGAAUAUCUCCGGGUUAGAAGGAUGUUACAGAACUGGUGGCAAAAUAGAAUCCAACGGAUCUGUGUUAACACUAAACAGUGGCCUUUUGCUCGAAAAUAGUUCGUAUUUCGUAAAUGUGAAGGUUAUAAAGGAUCAGAAGCAAGCUGAGUACACACAGGAAGUGUUUAUUGCUCCAGGCAACCCACCAGAAAUACAAAUAAGGUGUUCAUCUUUAAGAAGUUAUUUCUAUGUAAAGAAAUGUACGUACAGUAGAAUCCCGGUAACUUGAACUCUUAAGGGAAAUGAAAAAAAGUUCGAGUUAGCGGGGUAAAUUUCAGUCAAAUUUAAGGGAAACGAAAGUUAGUUCGAGUUAGUGGGGAAUUCGAGUAAUCCGAGUCAUUCCAGGUUCAGUUAUCGAGGUUCUACUGUAUCUAGUUUACAAAGUAAAAUACAUUCACUUCGAAAGUAUUUUGUCAGACAUAAAGGGGACUGCUGAACUUCUAGACGCGAGUACUUAUUUUUAGUACGUAAAGGUGAAAGCAAUGUUGGGAUAAAGGAUAAGUAAUAAUAAUACCUUAUGAUAGCUUUGAUUCACUUUUGGAUUCAGAGUCAGGUCUGACUUUAACAACACAAAAAAGAACGUACUUAAGAGACAUUUGCAAUUCAUUUUAGCCGAUGUUUUGCAACAGACUUACGAACUGAUCGGAAUUGAUAGUUUUUAUGUCAAAUUACUAAAUAGUUGUUUAUCUUAAAUGUUACAGAUGUGUGGACAAUUGUAACGGAAAAUUGAAUCCAUCGGGCAGAAUAGCUCUACAAGGAAUUUGCACCGGGUUUUUGUGUGAAGGAUCUCUUACCUACCAGUGGCUACUUUUGAAAGCAACCAACAUCAGCCACUCAAACGAGACCCAGUGGGUGGAACUUACAGAGAUACAACAGCUCCUAAGUACACAACUGUAUUCAAGAACGCUGGUCACUUACCCAAGAGUCUUGGAGGCAGAUGAAACAUAUAAGUUUGUGUUGACCGCAAAGAGACCUGGGGGUUAUCCAGGAUAUUCUGAGUACCAAGUGAUCACCAACAGCCCUCCUACUGGAGGAUACUGUCAAGUUACUCCGCAAUCAGGCAUCACUUUAGUCACAGAAUUCUCCUUUUCUUGUGUUAACUGGCAGGAUGAAGAUCCUCCUAUGCAGUAUGAAUUUAUUUACUUUGCAAAUAGCGAUCUUUUGAAUGUAGUUUACAAGGGCUCACAGCCCAGCCAACGCACAAAGCUUCCACUUGGGGAGAGAGAGAAAAACUUUACUAUCGACUUUCGUGUGAGGGUGUCGGACGUGUUUGGAGCAUUCACUGAAGUUAGGACACCUGUUCAAGUGAGUACAUGAGCAAUAAAACCUUUAAUUACCGAUUUUUAAGGAUUAGGAAAUUGGCAGGAAAGUUAAGAGAGGUCGUACAAUUAAAAUAAGGUAUAGAAGGCAAAGAGAGAGAGUUUUUCCGGUAUUAGCUGCAUUUAAUGGAAGUAAAGUUUGAAAAGUAACUUCUUCAUAUUCUUUAUAACGUUUAUUAACACUUCCGUUGUUUUUUGCAAAACUCGUCGUCGUUAUGUUGAUUGUUAGUUAGAGAGGUUUUCCGAUAUACGUAUUUCUAGUCUAGUUAGCGUCGUUAUGUUAUAAACUGUUAGUUUUAAGAAAAAAGGAUUUGAUGUGAGGUGGUAUGAUUUAUUUCAGCCUCUGUGAUUAUGAUGGUUAACAAGAUACCUUAAUAUGAUUCAUCUAUUCGUCUACUGUUGUGCAUAUUUUCUCUUAUUUAUUCCCAGAGAAGUCUUAGCGUUUUUUCCCUAAUGUUUUUCGUAGUUGCUUUCACCUGAAGCAGGGAAUGAAGUUUGCCAUCAAGCCUAGCAGAUAAAUUACCUCUUUUUUAGACUAGUCUUCCAGGUGAUCGUACGACUAGCUCAGGCCCCAAUUGUUCAGAGGGUGGAUAACGCUGUCAACUGGAUGAAUCUCUAUCCAGUGGAUAACGCAACUGGUUUCUCUCGCCUGAUACUUGUCCACUGGAUAGUGAAUUAUCCGGUGGAUGGCGCUAUCCAACGUUUCAAAAACCCGGGGGCCUGGUGUUAAUGACAGCUGGCGUUUUGACGAGCUGAGCUAAACUCAUUUUCAUAUACAAACUAUUAUCUGCAAAGACGACCACGAUCUGAUGACCCAGAAAAUAACCAUCCGUUUCAGUGUGUCGACUUUACCAUCGAACUGUGACUGUUGUCGGCUUCAAUUUUAUGAUAGGUUGUGGAGCUCACCGACGGGGAAGAAAAUCUCGUGGACAUUGCUGCAAAUCUGACAACCGGAGAAAACAGUGAAUUAACGAAAUUAAUCCAGUCCGGUGACCUGUCACGUGCCUUCCAAUUGGCCACAGCGGCCCUUGUAGCCGUCGAUGAUAACACCCAAACAGUGUCGCAAGACUUAACGGCAAAAAGGAUUGCGGUAAUUUUCAUAUAAUGACUUCAACAGAAUUCAGUUUUCCUUCUUCAGCUAUAUUGGUGCUGGUAUCUUUUCAAGAAAUAGCGUUGCUUUAGUUUAAACCCAGAGUGCCAUAAAUAUGUUUUUUCAUUCUUCAACCAAAUAUCAGUAGACCUUUCCGCAUUAAACUUCAAGUGAGCCCGCACAAUGGGACCGAGGUUUGGGGUGACAAUUCCCGAUCCAUACACACGUUCACUUAAUUUUUUUUAUCACAAGCCCGGAGUUGGUGUACGUACAUGUUGGAAUGCUUGAACGGUCUGUUUUAUAAAAAAUCUGGUAUUUCUAAUCUUUUCUACAUGCUGUUUGAAUAGAUGAAGUCAAGUAUUUUGCAACAGAUGUCGGCUGUCAAAGCAGAAACUGUGCUAAGAGUCCAACAGGUAUCAAACGUGAUUGCUGAGGCCAGUUCGGUUAUCAGCGAAGUCACAGUUGAGGCACAAGUAAGUGAUUAAUUAAAAUAACUUUAUUAUAGGACAUGGUCAUAAUCAUUCUCUCUUGUCAUAAUAGAAUAACAACGUAAACCUCUCCGUCAAACCAGACUCCUCGUCUUACGGAACAUAGAUUAAUUCAACUCUGUCAAUAAAAAGUUGCUACCAAACCUUAAUUAGUCCUUGACACUUUUUUAUUACCACGUCUUUUGAGAAAACCGCUACGGAUGCCCUUGUAACAAUGACGUCAGUACUAAAGGCGGAAUCAUUGGCCGGGGAGAACUACGAAACGAUUUUGGAAGGCGCACGUAGUCUGGUGACUGGUCUCGGAAGUAUGCUCAGAGUGACUUCUUUUGGGGCAAAAGCAUACGAUUCACAAUACCCUCACCAGGAUUCUUCCAACUAUCGACGGCGGAGGAGUACUAGAAACGGAACGUCACUUGCGUCAGAUAUCUUCGUGAGAAGGCAAAAGAGGAGCACGAUAAACGAAACCUUUGAUGAGAAACUGCAGGUAAUAUAAUGUUACGAGUUUAGGGUGUGGAAAAAUGCGUAGGUUGCAUGUUACCACUGAAGGCGGCAGGACAUGAAAAGUGAAGCAAAAGGGAAGGUGCCCCUUUUUCCGUUAUGAUCGCAUUUCUUCAAGACGAAAUGCAACUCCUUACUACGGUAAAACCCGGCUGGUUUGCUGCCACGCUUGAAUUACCCAUCUCUGGCAUUUCAUCGGGUUAAUUAUUAUCAGGCUGUUAGCUGGGGAACAAGGGUGGCGCAGUGCUAAGAGCACUCGCCUUCCACCAAUGUGACACCACAGGGAGCCCACACAAUCUGUUUGUGUAGCCGAUUGUUAUUUUAUAGUAAAUGUACUGGAUUUACCGUUUGCUUCCCCUAUAGCGAUAUAUCGCUAACUAUGUAUAUAAAUCAAUGAUAAAUAAACGUNUGAAUUAUCCGGUGGAUGGCGCUAUCCAACGUUUAAAAAACCCAGGGGCCUGGUGUUAAUGACAGCUGGCGUUUUGACGUGCUGAGCUAAACUCAUUUUCAUAUACAGAUUAUUAUCUGCAAAGACGACCACGAUCUGAUGACCCAGAAAAUAACCAUCCGUUUCAGUGUGUCGACUUUACCAUCGAACUGUGACUGUUGUCGGCUUCAAUUUUAUGAUAGGUUGUGGAGCCCACCGACGGGGAAGAAAAUCUCGUGGACAUUGCUGCAAAUCUGACAACCGGAGAAAACAAUGAAUUAACGAAAUUAAUCCAGUCCGGUGACCUGUCACGUGCCUUCCAAUUGGCCACAGCGGCCCUUGUAGCCGUCGAUGAUAACACCCAAACAGUGUCGCAAGACUUAACGGCAAAAAGGAUUGCGGUAAUUUUCAUAUAAUGACUUCAACAGAAUUCAGUUUUCCUUCUUCAGCUAUAUUGGUGCUGGUAUCUUUUCAAGAAAUAGCGUUGCUUUAGUUUAAACCCAGAGUGCCAUAAAUAUGUUUUUUCAUUCUUCAACCAAAUAUCAGUAGACCUUUCCGCAUUAAACUUCAAGUGAGCCCGCACAAUGGGACCGAGGUUUGGGGUGACAAUUCCCGAUCCAUACACACGUUCACUUAAUUUUUUUUAUCACAAGCCCGGAGUUGGUGUACGUACAUGUUGGAAUGCUUGAACGGUCUGUUUUAUAAAAAAUCUGGUAUUUCUAAUCUUUUCUACAUGCUGUUUGAAUAGAUGAAGUCAAGUAUUUUGCAACAGAUGUCGGCUGUCAAAGCAGAAACUGUGCUAAGAGUCCAACAGGUAUCAAACGUGAUUGCUGAGGCCAGUUCGGUUAUCAGCGAAGUCACAGUUGAGGCACAAGUAAGUGAUUAAUUAAAAUAACUUUAUUAUAGGACAUGGUCAUAAUCAUUCUCUCUUGUCAUAAUAGAAUAACAACGUAAACCUCUCCGUCAAACCAGACUCCUCGUCUUACGGAACAUAGAUUAAUUCAACUCUGUCAAUAAAAAGUUGCUACCAAACCUUAAUUAGUCCUUGACACUUUUUUAUUACCACGUCUUUUGAGAAAACCGCUACGGAUGCCCUUGUAACAAUGACGUCAGUACUAAAGGCGGAAUCAUUGGCCGGGGAGAACUACGAAACGAUUUUGGAAGGCGCACGUAGUCUGGUGACUGGUCUCGGAAGUAUGCUCAGAGUGACUUCUUUUGGGGCAAAAGCAUACGAUUCACAAUACCCUCACCAGGAUUCUUCCAACUAUCGACGGCGGAGGAGUACUAGAAACGGAACGUCACUUGCGUCAGAUAUCUUCGUGAGAAGGCAAAAGAGGAGCACGAUAAACGAAACCUUUGAUGAGAAACUGCAGGUAAUAUAAUGUUACGAGUUUAGGGUGUGGGAAAAUGCAUAGGUUGCAUGUUACCACUGAAGGCGGCAGGACAUGAUAAGUGAAGCAAAAGGGAAGGUGCCCCUUUUUCCGUUAUGAUCGCAUUUCUUCAAGACGAAAUGCAACUCCUUACUACGGGAAAACCCGGCUGGUUUGCUGCCACGCUUGAAUUAUCCAUCUCUGGCAUUUCAUCGGGUUAAUUAUUAUCAGGCUGUUAGCUGGGGAACAAGGGUGGUGCAGUGCUAAGAGCACUUGCCUUCCACCAAUGUGACACCACAGGGAGCCCACACAAUCUGUUUGUGUAGCCGAUUGUUAUUUUAUAGUAAAUGUACUGGAUUUACCGUUUGCUUCCCCUAUAGCGAUAUAUCGCUAACUAUGUAUAUAAAUCAAUGAUAAAUAAACGUUGAAUUACCUUACCUGUGGUAUAUAGUCGUCGUUUUACCUCAAAAGCGGAUUUUUGAGCGAUUUUGAAGGAGUUUGAUUUCGCCGUUGACUUUUCCUUGUAAUUAAUUCCUUCUAUUAUAAGGAACAGUCAACGGCGAAUUCAAACUCCUUCAAAAUCGCUCAAAAAACCGCUUUUGAGGUAAAAGGACGACUAUAUACCACAGGUAAGGUAAUUCAAGCCGUUUUUAGUGUCGUCACCUUACGCUCCGGAGCGUUGCGUGACGACACUAAAAACGGCUGUGUAGCAGACUAAAUAACAAUCGGCUACACACAGAUUGUGCGGGCUCCCUGUGGUGACACGGAGUCAAGUGCCGGCGUCAACGCGACAAGUGGGUUGAGUUUCCUGUUAGUUCUCUCCUUUGCUCCGAAAGGUUUUUCUCCGAUUACUUCAGUUUUCCCGUCUCUUUAAAAACCAACAUUUCCAAAUUCCAAUUCGACCAGUAAUCAGGUAGACGGAGGACCACUAAGUGGAUGUGCUACCUCUAUAUCGUUAUUUAUUUGAUUUAGGCAAUAGUUAUUCAAUUGAUGGUCCCUGCUUCUAGACAGCCUGGGCAAACAUAAUCUUAAAGGCCUUCCAGGAGGAGUUAAAGUUUGUCAACUGAAUUUACUCGUAAAUUUUGCUGUAUAAACAGUCACACGAUACACUGAUAAGUUAUGGCCAUUUUUAAAAUCACUCUUAUGAUCCAUUAGGUGUGCGUCCAGCAUACUCUUUCAGUCAGGAAAUUGAACAUGUUGUUUACUCGCCCAGUAAUGUUUCUUCUCCACCAAUGAAAACGGUAUUUCCCUCUUAAAAGAGUAUCUUGAUAAGACUUUACGCCUUUUUAAGUCAAAAAGACGUACAGAAGGUAUCCUUGAUUCUUUGGAUGAUGUCGGAAGUACGAUCUUAUCCCGAACACUGGUCGGAGAGGAGCCAAAAGAACUUUCAGCCAAGUCCGUGACUAUGCUCGUUGCCCGUAUGGAGCCAGAUGCAUUGGCUGAUUCUGUACUUGCAAGCAAAGGAAACAGUUUUACUCUUCCACCAUCUACUGAACUGUUUCGGAACAGUACACAAUUUGUGGAUAGUCAGGUAUGAUAAUCGAGAACAGCUGAAAUACCUGCAAUAUAUGGUGUAGGCGCGAUUGAUGAUUUGAAUGCAUUCAUUUUGUUACUUUUAGCCAUGAUUAACACACCUGAAGGUGUAAAGUAGUUAUUUGAAUUGAAUAAUUGAAUGGUUUCUGAUACUACAGGCCCCGACUGGGAUAAGAACGUGAGCUAAGUAAGAGUACGGUCACAAAACGUACGUUUUGAUUGGAUAAGGAUAAUUCUUCAGAGUGAACACUUCGUCCCUUUAAAAAGUGUUGUCGUCAAAACGUAUCAUUUUAAAGCGUUAAUACUGUUUGAACGUCAGUAAUGCCUGUCUUGCUAUAAACAAUUAUUCUUGUUUCAACUAACUCAUUUAAUCGCUUUGCUGUGUGAAUGAUCCUUAAGUCAUUCAUGUGGUCCAUUUAGUUGAUAUUCCACUUACCAGGCACAGUGUCCGAUUGGUGCAGGCUCUAGUGUCAAAAUGUGUUCGACUGCGUAAAUCAUAGGCGUCUUUAAGUAGAUGAUCGACAUUAAUUCAGUAAUCGUCUCCACAAAUUCAUUUUGCUCCAGGAAACAUAGAAACAAAGACAACCACUUUUCUCUCGCGAUCGAUGGGAUACCAGAUUUUGCGUAUUUGAGCUUAAAUUCUUCAUCAGACGCAAUUCGGUCAAUGAUAAUUAGAUUAUAAGGAUAAGAUUGACCUUUAUUGGGUCCAUACAACCAUUUUUUAUCUUACUGAUAUUUUGAUAGAACUCCCUUUCUCAGAUCAGUUGUAUUAUUCUUAUAAUCAUAACCAUUACAAAAUUGUCAAAUCUGAUUGGCUCUCAACUGCCCUGAUUUCAGCCUUAAUUGGACAGUUUAAUAGGACAGUACGCGUCAUGCCUAAGUAAUUGGACAGUACGCGCCAUCACGCGCGCGCUUAAAUGGCUUUGUUUUUUCACUGCUAGCAGAACAAAAUUUCGAAUUUCUUGUGUUUUGGUUUAAAAAAUAGCCUAUUGUAUCACAAAUUUUGUUAAAGUUAUGAUUAAUUGGUAACAGAACUUCGUGUCGUCCAAUUCAGUCUGUAAUCAUACUCCUGAUUAAACAAAUCGGACUCCCGCUACGCGGUCGUCCGAUUUUGUUAAUCACUCGUAUGAUUACAGACCGAAUUGCACUCCACUCAGUCCUGUUACCAUUACAAAGCGUCUGCCCUUUUAUGCUUUAAACAGGUGAUAACAACGGAUUAUGUGCCUUUCUCUUGGGACGCCUCUGCUUUGCGAGUCACUACUACAGUAUCAAGCCUUGAGCUGAAGAAUAGUACCGGGCACACCUUCAAUAUAACAGACCUUAAGACUCCGAUACUGAUCAGCCUCUUUAAUGAUCAGAAUUUUACUAAUAACUCUCAGCCUCAUUUUGUUGGAUCCAAUAAGACUGUCUACCACAGGAUUAAUGUAACUACAGAAGGAGUAGCUCUCUUACUCAAGAUACAACCAGAAAGUAGCGCUAGCGAGUUCUUAGUACAUGGGAAAUACAAUCUAAGAUCGGCCCCAGUCAACAGUGAUUUCAACAAGACAAUACCCGACUUUUCGUCGUGCGUUUACGACCAUGUAUUAGAUAGUUAUGUCAAUUGCUCUCGUGAUCCAUACAUGGUUGUGGUGGACAGUGCGCAUGUCAACCAGACAGGAUACUACUUCAUUGGAAUAACAUUCAAGUCUAGAACGUCCGGUACCACGAGAGUCAGACGAUGUGUAGGCGGCCAAGGGCGGUUCAAGCGAUCGUGCGUUCAAUACAAGGAGCCUUCUACUACAAGUGCUGCUUUUCACAUACCUCAGUACCUCCCAGGGGACGAAAACUAUACUAUGCUGGUCAUACCGGCUGCUUGUCUGUACUGGAGCACGGAGCUGUCCAAGUGGACAACAGAAGGGUGUAACGUAAGCAAACCUAAAACUACCUCUUCUACUAAGAAAAUCCUAUAAAGUGGAUCAACAGUUUGGGUAGACAUUUAACGCAGAUAAACUUUGUUCAUAUUUGACACAGAGAAAGAAAAUUUAAAGAACGUCAACAGAACAUCGAAUUUAAGCAUUUUGAGGAUUUUUUUCAAAAUGUGGGACAAUUUCAUUUUAUUAAAGACGAACACGGCCAUUCAAUGAUCACAAUUCAAUUUAUAACUGUUCUACAAAUUCUCUAAUUCAAAUCAUUCAUUGAAAAAUAUUUCAUUUUCAAAAACACCAAGUUUUCUGGUGAGGUUAACGCAUUUGCUUUUACUCAAUCUACAGGUAGCUGAAACAUCAGGCGAAGACUCUAUCCACUGUUCUUGUAAUCACUUGAGCGCUUUCGGAGGUCAGUUGUUUGUGGCACCAAAUCCCAUUGAUUUUGACAAGGUAGUGACGGAAUUCUCUCGUCUUCACGAGACUGGGAAUGUAGCUGUGAUUGCUGCCAUAGGCUGUGUUUUUGGAGUGUAUUUGGUUCUUCUGACGUGGGCUCGGAAGUAUGAUAAGCUUGACCACCUCAAGGUAAACGAAAAUUUCGUUCUUGCAGCAACAGAAAAGCGAAGACACUCGCACUCGCUUGUGAACGUUUUAAUUCUAUAAAAAACUCUAGCCUUCUAGUAGAAAGUUUACCCCGUUUCUCUUACCAUUUUUAGCAAGUAGAAAAGAAAGGAACAUUCUUUUAGUCAUACUUUUAUCUCCGCUCUUCCUGUAGCUUGGCAAAAGGUCGCUCCUAGGAGUUCGUUCACCUUGGGCCCACUUCUACGAGGUUGAAAUAUCCACCGGUUUUUGGCGCAACUCGGGAACCACUGCUAAAGUGUUUGUGAUGUUGGAGGGUGAACAGGGAACAAGCCGUCCAUACCAGUUGAAACUAGACUCUUGCAUACCAUUCGCACGAGGUAGUGUUUUAUCCUUCACUCUUUCAGUCCCUGUGGACAUUGGCCCCAUACGGCGGGUGCGGGUAUGGCAUGACAAUUCUGGCUCCAGUCCUUCAUGGUUUCUCAACUACAUAAAGGUCAGGUCUUCAAAUAAUUUGUUCUUUUAACCCAAAUCAAGCUUUAAUUGAAACGUGACGUCAAUCUAAAUACGGCCUUCAGGGCUGUCACUGAGUUCCGGGGCCGGGGCCGGGAAUUUCCCUUCGCUUUUUUCAUGGAAAAUGAAGAGAAAAUAGAUCAAAGGAACUUGUGAGCUGUUCGAUUUCCCUCCUACUAAUUGCAUAUACCCUACAACUAGGAAUAGUUUUUCUUGCUUAUAAACUAACGUAAGCAAAGGUGAAUUCGUGGUGGACAAAAUGCUUCGUAAACCGAAUGACUCUCUUUGUAAUACUACAUGUCAUAAUAGGCAAAACAAAUGCCAAAAGUUGCUUUUUGCAAGCUGGCAUAAAUAACGGUCGUUACCUACGGAUGCACAACCCAAAAAGCAGCAUUUUCUAAAGGGGUGCGUCUGUUUUCAAAGGGCGGUGUUUAUCGUUGUUUUCCGGCUCUUACCAGCGUCCAUUCAUUGAGAUUCCCCUUCGGAUUAAGUUCUCUUUGUAUAAUAUGUCAUUCUUUAUUUUUAGGUUUUUGAUGUAACUGCUCGGACACUAAUGAUUUUCACAUGUUACUUGUGGCUCGCUGUGGACAAAGGUGAUGGACUUGUCGAUCGCACCCUCACAUCGUCGACAAAUGAGAAAGGAGUUGACUUUACGGUUUACGUCCAGAAUAAGAUUGCUGAAGAAUUCAGCGAUGAGCAUUUGUGGUUUUCUGUUGCCACCAGAUCUCCGAGCCACAGAUUUACACGUGUUGAACGCUUGUCGUGCUGUUUGUCUCUUCUGUUAUGUGAGAUGCUGGUGAGUGCUAUGUUUUACCAGCUUGAUACGAAUAUGAGCAACACACAAGGCACGAUUCGUUUGGGUCGUUUCGUGCUUGAUCUUCGUGAGUUUAUUAUUGCAGUACAGAGCCUUUUUAUUGUGUUGCCAUUUAAUCUCUUGAUCGUGAUGAUCUUCACUCACGCAAAAUCAACGAAAGAAGAAGGAUUUGCCAAAAACCUUGACAAUCAGAAACGCAAAUUUUCUCUACCACACUGGUGUGUCUACGUCGCAUGGCUGAUGUGCUUUCUAGCAGCCGUUGGUCCUGCCACCUUACUCGUCUUCUACAGUAUGCAGUGGGGCAAGGAUACGAGCGAACAGUGGUUAAUUUCAAUUGUGAUUUCACUUUUCAUAGAAAUCUUUGUAUCCGAACCACUUAGAAUCAUUGUCGUCGCAUUUUUGCUGUCACACAUUUUUGAAAUCCUUGUUCAGAGCUCUUAUCAGACGCCCUGCUAUGAUGAUCCUGUCCUUGAUGUUGAUGAUAUUCUUUUAACUGAAGAAGGUCAAGGGGAGGAGGAUCUUGAAAUACCGAAGCCACCAAACAAGAAAAAGCUACAACGUUCUCUGAAAAACCGAUUAAGGGAGCUUCACAUGUACAAGGCUUUGAGAAAAAUAGUGUCUUACAUCCUCUAUUUGACUAUCCUUGUCGUGGUGUGUUAUGGCGGACGAAGUGAACAUGGCUUCUGGAUGACAGCCUCUGUUAGUGAAGUGUUUGGAAACCUAAACAAGGUAAGACUGAAGGAAAUUUCUGAGUUAUUAACAAUUUACAUUUUCUGUGAGUGUAGUUCUGAACAAACCUACACUCAACAACCUGUGCGGAAGUUAUCAUCAUUUGUAUUACAGUUAAAUAAUGGUGUACUAUGGCAUUAUGUCCACUUCAAUGAAUGAAGAGAAUUCGUCAUUGUUGUGACGUUUCUAACCCAUAUGCUUACUGUGCGCCACUGUUUUAGAUUUCAUCUCACGUGAGCACGUGGCACUGGGUACAAGAAGUCCUGGUACCUGGUCUGUUUCAGGAUGGAAAACAACAACAAAACGCCUCUGGCCCUUAUGUUGGUGAUGGAGAAGCAAUUCUUGUCGGGAUGCCUCGUCUUAGGCAGCUCAGAGUGAAAAAAGGUUUUCGUCUUAAUUUGUUAUUGAAUCUUAACGAUGAGAGUUAAGUUGCAAUCGAUAGUAUCCCGGUGGUUGGACGCAAGACAAUCAUACCAGACGUAGUUAGUCGAUAGAAAUCGAUAUCGAUCGAUUUAAUCCGCUGAUCGAUAUCGCAAAUCGAUAGAAAUCGAAGUAACAGAAAAGAUAAUUUAGCGAUUAUAAUUGAUUAACAAAAAUCGAUAUCAACAGGUAGUAGUCGAUAGUAAUCGAUAACAACCAAUAAUCUUGAAGUGAAUAUUCUGAAGAUGACGAUGCUAUUUGGCAAGCAACACCAAUGAAACCGGCUUAAGCGUAACGCAUUUUAUUUUUGACUUCAGAAACUACCCCAGGCGCAGUCUUCGUCACGUUCCAUUUUUUGUUUCUUUCGUUUGCUAGUUUGUUUUAAUAGGCAUUUACGUGUCCAUUCAAUCAUGCGCCAUCGACUGCAUCUUGCAUUUCUUUGUUUUGCAUUCCUUGCCAUCUCGCGGACACUGGAAUCCAAUUGAAUGGCAUGCUCCAUGCUUAUGGAGUUGCUACAGCGAAAUAGAGUUGUUUCCUGCCACUUUCGCAGCAAUUUGUUUCCUCAUUAUAAACUGCGCUUAAGCUAAAAAAUCAAAACAAAGAGCAAUUUGUUCCUGUUAGUGCAUAAUAUCACAACUGAAUGACUCGAUAACACCGUACGGACAACGUCGUGUUAAUGUUGAACCUCUACCGAAUGACUUAAGUCUUUCUUCAUAAUAAUCGAUAGUAAUCAGUAAUAAUCGAUAAAUCAAUCAUUAUCGAUUGAUAUCGGAAAUCGAUAUUGAUCGAAGUCACAACUUUUUCUUUAUUGAUUUCUAUCGAUUGAUAUCGGAAAUCGAUAUUCAUCGAUUAUUGAUACCGAUCACUAUCGAUUAUUAUAUUAUUAUCGAUUAUCGGUUUAUCGAUUAACUACGUCUGGAAUCAUCAACUAUUCAGUUGAAAUUUAAACUUGAAUUUGUAGUGAAACCAUUUUCAGAUUAGGGUAGAUAUCACCAGUCUCAUACCUCGUCAAAAUAUGCUUUCGUAUCGCUAAAUCUAUUUAUCCGUCGAAACCACCUUGUGACAGCAGACAAUUGUAAAAUCCCUUUCUCUGGGGAGAGUAGUUUUUGUCAGUUUUCUUUGGUAUUCUUGAAAGCUUGUAGUUGGGAAUCAAAAUCACGUCCUCUCUUUUUCUUUUCAGAUUCGUGCGAAGUUCCUUUUCAAACACGGAAUUUGUUCAACUCGUGCGUGAGCUCCUAUUCGUCCAAAAACGAGGACGAAACCCAAAACUACUUACCAAGAUGGCGACUUUUAUCAUCAACUGAAAAGGUGUUAUUACGCGAUCUCGAUCAGCUCUGCCCUACUGCAUGGCGGUAUGCCUCAGCAAAGCAAACCUGUAGUCUUCAUUUUUGGGGGCACCUUUAUCCUUUCUGCAUUUAUGGUCGUGGAGGCUACCUGGCAGAACUCGGUUACGACAAUAACACUGCAUCGAAAGUCAUCUCUGAACUUAGCGAGUUAAACUGGAUUAACAGAUUUACAAGUGUGUUGUUUGUGGAGUUCACAGUGUUUAACCCAGGGGUUAGCCUCUUUAGUACGUUAACGAUCGCUAUUGAGUUCUCACCGAGUGGGUACGUGGUUUCCAAUCAAGUCAUUCGCACUAUGCAUGUUUAUGACCUUGGUGGGGGGUACAGCACUGUUACUAUCCUCUGUCAAGUGUUACUAGUGUUUUUCAUCAUUUACUUUAUCGUCACUGAAGUAAGGCAGAUGAUACUAGGUGUUCGCCAAUACUUCAAACAAUUCCUUAACUUAGUGGAGUUAACGCAAACAGUUACAGUCAUCGCUUUUGUUGUAACUCACGUCUUGAAAGAAACAGAACUCUUCGAGAACACAGCCAAGCUCCAGGAGAACGUUUUCCAGUUCAUCAGCUUUGAUAAAAGCGUUCUGUUAGACACUUUAGAGUCGAUUUUAGUCUCGUUGCUGAUGUUUUUCAACACACUAAAGCUGCUGUAUUUGCUGAAGUUUAAUAGUCACGUGAAUCACUUGUUUAGUGUCAUGAAAAGAUCUGCUUUUGAACUUCUACACUGCUCGUUGGGACUUCUAGUGUUCAUGUUGACAUUUAUUCACACAGGAUAUCUUUCAUUUGGAAAAGAUAUUGAAGCUUAUUCGUCUCCUUUAACAGUUUUACAAACUCUACUUGUAGAGGGCGUUAUCGGUGGAGGGACCAACUAUUUUCAAGACUGCUGUAUCCUUGGGCGUGUUUAUAUGUUAGCCUUCAAGCUAGGCCUUAACUUUAUUUGCGUCAAUUUUUUCAUUGCCAUUCUUGAUGAUAACUAUCAAAUUGUUAAAGAUCUUUCCAAGAGGAAAUUCAAUCUUGGGCUGUUUAUGAUAAAAAAGAUGAAGGAAAUGUUGGGCUGCGUUGGAGCCGAGACGGAGGCAACUAUACAGCCAGACACUCCCGUGGAAAGAAAGAACAAAGAGCUUAAAACGGAGGAGAAUGAAGUCCUUGACUUCAACGAGUCGAUAUUAACGCCUGAUGUACAUUUGGAAGAAAGAUUGAAGCAGAUCAAUCAAAGCUUGAAUGAGAUUUAUGCCGACGAGUUUGGUGAGGACAGCGACAUACUUCGCUUGUGGCUCGACAUUCGCCCACAACAGUUUAAAGACUCAGAAGCUACAGACGAACUUGAACAAGAGCAAAAUUAUCAGUGUGUUCUCGCGUGA